UUUAAUCGAUUGCUUGUGCGCAUGCGCAAAGCAAGGCAACGGCUCUAACGCACGAGCAUGAAGACUUGCCAUUCGUCUGUUUUUGCCUUUUUUCCCAUCAUUAUCUGGUUUGGCUUCCAUUUGUCGCUCGCGCGCCUUGCUGCAGUCCAAAGGACACGACGAGAGGCGGGGCUUGAAGGUGAAAGGUCACGGGUGCUGGGAGAAGAUGAGUGUGUUGAUGGAUUGUACCGACAUGGCACAAGCACGUGCUGUCUGUGUGCUGCUGGUCAGCGUCUGCUGAAGCACUGCACGUCUGCCAGUCCACACAAUGGACGGUGUGAGCCGUGUGAGCCAAACACGUACAGAAGCAGCCCCAACCAGCAGAGCACCUGUGAACGCUGCACAUCAUGCUCACACCCCAACGCUAACCUGGAGGUGGACAUGGCCUGCAGUAGAGCAAGUGACACCAAGUGCCGGUGUAAAGCACAUCACUACUGCAUUAGUGCCAGCGAUCAAGGCUGUAAACUCUGUAGCCCUUGUGGAGAGUGUGGUACAGAAGGCAUCAAAGUUGCCUGCACGGCCACCAAUAACACAGUGUGUCCUAACAAAUUAGAAGCGAGAAGUCGUGUUUGGGCAGGAGUGGCUUGUGCAGCUGCGGUGCUGACUGUUGUGGUUCUAUGCUGCUGGAGAAAGAGGAAACAGCGACUGAGUAACCUGCAGACCUCCAGCGCUCCAAACAGCAGCAAGACAUUAGAGAUGGACUUGCUGUCGUUUAACACUGUGGAUCCUUGGCGCCACCUGGGAGAUAUAGCGGACGUGCUGGGAUGGAAGACUAUGUCCAGUGUGGCCAUGAGAAACGGGAUGAGCCCUGUCGUCAUCGAGGCUUGCACACUGGACCACCCACAUGAUUGUCAGGAGCAGACGCUGCAGUUGCUGAAGAAGUGGACGGAGCAGCAGGGCAGGGACGCCAUGAAGAACUUGAUACAGACCCUGAACACCAUCAAGCAGAGGGACAAAGCACAGAAAGUGAAGGAUGUUUUGUCCAAUGUUUGAAUUGGCCAGUGUUUUAGUGCGUUUUAUUACUUUCUUUCAGAGCACAAAUGCAAGUACACUAGUUUCUCUACUUACGAACACAAUUGGUUCAAUACGACCGUUGCAAGUCGAUUUGUUCGUAAGUCCGACAAAAGGUAAUUUACCAAUUACAUAGGUAUGUACUACAUGUACGUGUAUACAUAUACACCAAGUCCCCAACUAACGAACACAAUUGGUUCCAGACGACCGUUCUUAUGUCGAAUUGUUCCUAAGUAGGGGAAAAGGUAAUAUUAGCAAUGAUAUAGGUACUACAUGUACGUGUAUACAUAUACAGUAUAUGUGUAUGUAUGUAAAUAUGAGUUUGGAUGCAGUAGUAAUAUUAAACCAGGAUAAUUAAUGAAAAAAACAAUAAUAAAAGUGAUAUAAUAAUACGUAAUGAUAAAUGUUAUUUACCUUUAAAGAGGAGUGGUUGGGCAUACGUCGUUGUGGAGGAGUUGGAGGAGGAGAUAUUGAAAAAAAAGGACAAAUCCUCGUCGUCGUUAGACUCUUCUAAAAGAGGUAGUGUUCUGUGGGUGGUGUAGAAUUAAGCAGGCCUAUUAACUCUUCAUAAACUUAGCCUUUCUUCACUUCUCCUUCACUCACUCUCUCUCCCGUCUUCCUCUCCUGUUGGUCCCAUUAGCUAGAGUCCCUGAAUGUAGAGAGUUACGACAACUGAGAUUAGGCCGCCAUAUUGGGGCCAAUUCAAGCGUGCACAGUACGAGAAUGCAUGUAAAUUGCAAUGUCUCUGUGCAAAGGGACGGGCGGGUUAACCCCGUUAAUCAGUCAACCACGUACAGUAACACAUCCAAGUAUGGCCAGGGAACCUCAUUUCGUGCGGCACCUCAUUUUGCGCACUUAAAAAUAGACAAGAUGGGGAAAAUUCACAUAUGACCAAAUUUCUAUGUGGGGUUUAAUAAAUCUGAUAUACAUGAGGAUUACCUUGUCAAAAUCAUGCAAAAUGUGUGUUUUAUAAUCAUUUAUAGAUCUAUAUUUUCCAAUGUGUAAGAUGGUAUAAUUUUGCCAUCUUUUGUUAAAACAUUGAGAUUUUAUAAGAGUCAAAAUAUGACCAUGAUACUAGAAUGACAAUAAAUGAAAAUGUUGAAAAUAUGUAUAUUUCUUCAUUGUUAUUGUUAUGUCACUUUGCAAUCGUUGUAAUUUGUAUUUGUGGAAUUCACAUUAAACAGAAAUUCACAACACCAAAUACAACACAUGGGAUCGAACACUCUCAAUUGACCUACCUCGCACAGCUUUGAAGACGAGUUCGACUUCCAGCCCAAACGCUUGAUUUUAUUUUCCCAAAUUGUCCUUCUGUUGACAUCUGAAGGGAAUCUGUACAGCUUGAAACCCUUGUCAUGUCUAUUUGUGCAUCUAAAUGCACAACAACCCGGCAUUUUUGGUGAAUAAACAAGAAUACUGUUGUAGAUUUAGUCAAAUCGAUGUUCUGAAAUAGAUGUAUCAAUUGGUAUAUUCGCAGAAAAAGAAAAGGCGAACGCAAACGCGAAUAUGGCUCCACGAGUCACGUGACCGUAUUUUUCGACUCUCAUGUCGUAACUCUCUAUGAAGGGACUCUACCAUUAACAGUGUCACAGUGCCCUCUACUGGUCAAGCAUGUAGCAGUCAGCUUGUGUUCGUAUCUCCGAAUGUUGGCAAAUCCGCUGUUCGUAAGUAGAGAACCUAGUGUACAGCCUACACUAUUACUUUCUAUUACUAUUACUAUUACUGUGAGUAGAUGGCUAUUGCAAGAAGACAUCAUCAGUAGGGUAAACCUAAGCUGUGCCAUGAUGGUUUAAAGCCGGCUCACGUUCCCUAUUAGUGGUUGACCAAUCCAACGUCUGCUUGCAGCGAUAGGAAGAGCCGCCAUCCAAGCAUGAAAAAGCAACACGGCUCUGAACCACUGAUCUGUACGAAAAAAAUCUGAAUAGCACAUUGGUCAAUGACUUGUGACGCCACGCGGCCGCCAUAUUACCACUCACAAGAAACACUUGUCGGACAAUGACUUAUGUGAGAACUUGUGAGUUGUUAAGUGUGUUGUUAGUUUGUUAGCCACUCACACUAAAUGCAAGGUUAGUCUUCACACUAACCUCUCACAGCAGGUGUGCUUGAGCUUAGUCAUAAGGACUCGUAUGAUCAUUUUUAAACAUUCUGUGGAUAUCAUACCAUACCUGAGUCAUAAGGGCUUUACAUGGGGGGCCGUGGGGGCUAUGUAAACAAACAACCACCACUAGACUACUAAAUCAUUUGCGUUGCUUGCAAAUAUAAAAAAAAAAUACAUUUUUUUUGUUGUUGUUUACCCGAAUUUCAAAUGAACCCCCAUAUGGAGACAAUGUUUAUAUAUUAUUACAUAUUAUAUUACAUAUUAUUCCUGUGGUUUUUGUUCAAAUAUAUUUCUAUGUCAGAAAAGUUUUUUUUCUAUUUCAUAACACACACAAAAAAAUCAUCAAAAUGUGAAAUGAUUUUCAAACUUGUCUCUUUUAUGAUUCAUAUUUUGUACAGACGAGAGCAUAGUGAAUUGUAUGAAAGUAAGAAUAAAAAGUAAAGGAUCAUGACCAUGGAUUUUAGUGGAAAAAAGGGAUGGGAUAUGCAGUUCAAAUGAAAAUCUCUUUCUAGAGGAGUAAAACUAUCAUUGCUAUAGGGGAGUGCUGAGCCAGGGUGCACAGUAGAAUUUUGUCCCAAAGGCAAUGAGAAUUGGAAGGGAAAAGUACAUUUAAUAUAACCAAAAGAUAGAGAAUAACGUAUCAAAUGUUUUUUAAGGGACCAAGGUUGCGUUACUUGAAGGAAUGGGAGAAUCUCCCCGCUUUUUAAUGUCAAAUAUAGAUGUUCUGUUAGCCUCUUCAUCUGCUUUGUACACUAUGUACACUGUGCCCAUGUAGUCGACAUGUGAGUGCUAAGAUGGCCUCUCGUGCGUGUGGCAUCAGUGGCUUGCACGGGCGCGUGCGAGGUAUGAUCUAUCCAGAUUUUUCUCGUACAGAUCAGUGCUAUGAACGCUUGGCCGCCACAAGCCAGUCAUCCCUGUGCUGAUGUUUGAAACCCAAAAAGUCAGAGGGAUUGUGAGGCCCCGCUUCCAUGGUCUACAUUCAUACUGAAAGUUAAGAUAAAGAUUUUUCACAGCACAAACGCUAGCAAGUCCAACCUUUCCGCCAUUGUUGUGUGAAUGAAGUAUUACAAAGUUAUGCUUCUCAAAAACCACCAUUGAUGGACUAAACGACAACAAGCAUUGCACUGAGUCAGCCAAGGUAUGAAUCGAAAUGUUUAUGUCUCCAUCCAUGUGACAGUUUGGAUGUUCCUUGGUUUUCGCCAUCUUUUCCUGGUUGGUGCUUUUAUUUUGUAUGUUGUGUUUUCUGUUUUGCACAGAGGCAGCAACUUUACUUUGCUGUGGGGCUGUGAGCACACCUGUGGCUGAUUGGUAAUCAAUAAUGUUUAAUUCAGCUGGCUGCUGGAUCAUUGGAUGUUUGAGUGUUUGCUGCUUCUGCUUUUUGUUGGACUUCUGUAGUUUUUGCUCUUGUGUUUUUUUGCUCUGGCUACACAUUGUUCGUGUCCUCUUUUGCCUAAAUGAAAGACUUCUGACCCGUGCUUCACGGCUGUCUCUGCAUCCGGGGGUCACACACCAUGCCUAGACGUGACAGUUUACUCACUAAUACAACCAAAAGUAUGAACACAGCACUCUUUCUGCACUUGAACUUCAUCAUGUCUGGCCAAGAACCACUGGAGAACGGACCCACCAAGGCCAGCAGUGUGAGCCAGACGUUGGUCCACGGUGUCACAUGCAGCAGUCGUGUGAUAAAUGGAUGGCAUUCUGAACUUGAAGUAGUGCUGACUCACUGCUGUGUUGUGAUCUCAAACUCGCCUCAAAUAAUAUUGUUUUCAAAAAUUAUUUUCAUACGUAGUUAGUUUAUGUAUGUAGCAUGUACAAAUAUGAACUAAAAACGUUUGGUUGCAAUUAAGAAUGAUGUCCCCAAAGAAUU